AUGAGCAAAGCCCGAGGGGAAGAAGAAGAAGACACCGAGUGCUUCUACAACUCUCUUGGCGAGCUGUGGUUGGUGGGAGGGAACUGGAGUUUGGGUUGGGAUAAGGGGAAGAAGAAAUCGGGCACCAAGGGGGGUGGGGGUAGGGGGUGGGUUGGGGUUUUGGGUUCAUUGGGGGUUGGAGGGUGA